AUGCCUCCCAGAAGACAAAACCGUGCAAACAACCGUGAUGGUAACAAUGAUAAUAACAAUCCAGAACCUACAAUGGCCCAAAUUCUUCAGAUCUUGGCCCAACAGACUGCCAACCUGACUCAGCAGCAGGAAAGGCAGGCUAAUCCCCAGGUUACUUUCAAAAACUUUCAGUCUGUUAAUCCCCCAGAGUUUAAGGGUUCAGCGGACCCUAUUGAGGCUAGGAUAUGGUUGAAGGAAAUUGAAAAGGCAUUUAUGUUGGUUAAAGUGAGAGAUGAGCAGAAGACUGAGUUUGCUAGUUAUUAUCUGAAGGAGGAGGCCACCUAUUGGUGGGAGUCUGUGAGAGCAAUGGAAGGGACAGAGGAUGUUACCUGGGAUAGGUUUAAGGAGUUGUUUUUGGAGAAAUACUUUCCUCAAUUUCUCCAGGAUCGAAUGGAGUUACAGUUUUUAGAAUUGAAGCAAGGGGAUAUGUCAGUGGCUGAGUAUGAGAAAAAGUUUGCUGAGUUGGCUAGGUUUGUUCCAACCUAUGUAGAUACCGACAGGAAAAGAGCUAAGAGAUUUCAACAGGGGUUAAAAGCAUGGAUCAGGGGAAAACUAGCCAUAUUGGAAUUAGAUACUUAUGCAGCUGUAGUUCAGAAGGCAAUGAUAGCAGAAACGGAAAGCGAAAUGUCUCAGAAAGAGAAAGAGGGAAAGAAGCGUAAGCCAGAGCAUCACGAGGGACAGUUUCAGCAGGGAAGGUUUCAGAACUUUAAUAACCCGAAGAAGGGGAAAUUUCAGCAGGGGAGAAAUCCCACUUUUAAGAAGCCAGAUGUAGGUGGUAGUGGACAAGGUAACCGUCCAGCUAUUGGAAAUCAACCAAGGCCUCCACUGCCGGAGUGCCAGAUAUGUGGAAAGAGGCACGGGGGAAUCUGUAAUAGAUUGAAUGUAGUGUGUUAUAAGUGUAAUCAGAAAGGACACUAUUCUAGAGAAUGUCAGAACCCACCAGCACGGACCCCAAUGAUUCGAGAUCAACCAGCAAGGAACCAACUCAAUAGGACUCCAGCAGCUGGGAUAACAUGUUUUAGGUGUGGAAAACCAGGACACAUGGUGAAGGAUUGCAAGGUACCAGCUCCAGGUAACCCUACACUUAGAAUUAUGGGAUCCACUCCAGUAGUCCCAGAAGUUCCUAAAGCCAGAACCUACAACAUGACUAUGAGGGAUGCAGUCCAGGAUGCAGAUGUGGUGGCAGGUACGCUUACUGUGAAUUCUUUAUGUGCCAAGGUUUUGAUUGAUUCUGGAGCUACUAGAUCGUUUAUUUCUGAAUAUUUUGUGCCUAAGUUAAGUCGUCCCAUAGAAUUGCUUAAUGAGGUUAUGAAUAUAGAGUUGGCUAAUCAGGAACGUGUCCCUGUUAGCCAAGUUUAUAGGAAUUGUGAAGUUGAGAUCUUAGGAAAUAAGUUUUGUGCCGACUUGAUACCUUUCAAGUUGGGAGAGUUUGAUGUUAUUUUAGGGAUGGAUUGGUUAUCGAAGCAUAAUGCUCAGAUAGAUUGUCGUAGUACAAAGGUGAUAUUAAAAACACCGAAUGAGAAGACGAUAGUAUUUCGAGGACAGAAACAGGUAAAGAAGUUUUUGACUAUGAUUCAAACGAAGAGAUUGUUGCGUCAAGGUUGUGAAGCUUAUAUAGCGUAUGUAACUGAUCAGAGUCGAGAACUUGUGAAGCUUGAAGAUAUUCCGGUAGUAAACGAGUUCCCAGAUGUAUUUCCAGAUGAGUUACCCGGAUUACCUCCAGAUAGAGAAAUUGAAUUUGCAAUAGAUUUAGCACCUGGAACCGAACCAGUAUCUAAAGCCCCAUAUAGAAUGGCACCAGUAGAAAUGAAAGAAUUGGCAACCCAGUUACAAGAUUUGUUAGAGAAGGGAGUGGUUAGACCCAGUGUAUCCCCGUGGGGAGCACCAGUGUUGUUUGUGAAGAAGAAGGAUGGUAGUAUGAGGUUAUGUAUCGAUUACCGGGAACUUAAUAAGUUAACCAUUAAGAAUAGAUACCCAUUACCCCGUAUAGAUGAUUUGUUUGAUCAAUUGAAGGGAGCGAGAUGUUUUUCGAAGAUUGAUUUAAGGUCGGGAUACCAUCAGCUAAAGAUUAAACAAGAAGAUAUACCUAAAACAGCUUUUAGAACCCGAUAUGGCCACUAUGAGUUUUUAGUGAUGGCCUUUGGAUUAACCAAUGCCCCCGCAGCUUUUAUGGACCUAAUGAACAGAGUCUUUAAACCAUAUUUGGAUAAAUUUGUGAUUGUAUUCAUAGAUGAUAUUUUGAUUUAUUCCAAAACCACUGAGGAUCAUGCAACCCACUUAAGGAUGGCUUUAGAGACAUUGAGAAGAGAGAAGUUGUAUGCUAAGUUUUCAAAGUUCAGUAAAGAAGGAAUUAAAGUAGAUCCCUCCAAGAUUGAGGCAAUUAUGAAUUGGGAAAGGCCAAGGACACCAACAGAAGUUAGAAGUUUCUUGGGUUUGGCAGGUUAUUAUAGAAGAUUUGUCCAAGAUUUCUCAAGGAUUGCUGUACCAAUGACGAGGCUUACCCGGAAAGAAGAAAAGUUUGUGUGGACUGAAAAGUGUGAAGAAAGUUUCCAAGAAUUGAAGAAAAGGUUAGUAUCAGCCCCAGUGUUAUCACUUCCAGAUGAACAAGGAAAUUUUGCAAAUGUAGUGGCAGAUGCUUUGAGCAGGAAAGAAAGACUGAAUGUCAAAAGGACUAUUCAAACGAUCGAGGAUAUGCUACGUGUCUGUGCUAUCGAUUUUAAAGGCAACUGGGACGAGCAUCUACCGUUAGUGGAAUUCUCAUACAACAACAGCUAUCAUGCAAGCAUCGGAAUGCCUCCUUAUGAAGCUCUUUAUGGACGUAAAUGUCGCUCACCCGUGUGUUGGGAUGAAGUAGGAGAACGCAAAUUACUUGGGCCAGAACUAGUUCAGCAGACGAAAGAAGUGAUUGAAACCAUUCAAAGAAGACUGAUUUCAGCACAGAAUCGUCAGAGAAAGUACGCGGAUCAAACCAGGAAAGAUAUAGAAUUUGAAGAGGGAGAAUCUGUAUUACUGAAGAUUUCGCCAUGGAAAGGACUAUCCUGA